GCAGUCUGAGCCAGCUCUGUCCUCGUGCACUGGGAGGAGAUCGGACGGAGUGUGUGUGCGUGUGUGUGUGUGCGCGCGUGCUUGGAGGCGUUUAAACACAACCUCUCUCUGCGAGGAGGGACGCAAACUCGGAGUAGCUUCCCGGCUCGAACACGCGUCGUACUCAACAAAAUCGGAUUUUACUCAGCUUUCGGGAACCAACACCGAGGUUCAGCUCAGCAAGUUCAGAACAUGGAGGAUCUCACAGCUGAGAUCCCAAGCAACGAAAAGUCAUGUCAGACAGAUGAGCUGGAGGAAAAAGUCCCAAUGCUCAGGCCAGAGCACCUCAACCAAAUGCCAGCAUAUUGUAUAGAACCUGGAGACCCUCCGUUGUUACAAAGACAGCUCCAGACGUCCAAGUCCGGCAUUCAGCAGAUCAUUGAAUGUUUUCGCACAGGUACUACACAAUUGAAACACAUAUUAAUCAAAGAGGUGGACACAAUAUUUGAGUGUAAGCUCUGUCGGAGCCUUUUCCGUGGCCUUCCUAACCUAAUCACACACAAGGAGUUCUACUGCUUUCCCAGGCUACCAGAACCAGAUCCCUCAGGAAACUGCAGGCAGAGUAUAGCCAUUAAAGAGCUCCUGGAAGUUACUUAUCCCAAACCGGAGGAACACGUGGUGCGACUGGAGCCCAUUCCAGGCAACCAGAACGCUGUGUUUCAACAUCUGAUGCAACAGAGUGAUGUGGACCUUCCUUCUCCAUGCCAAAGCUCCACACACAGUAUGGAAGACUGGAAACACAACCAAGAAGAGAGCAAGGGGCAAGACAUGGGUGAACAUAGUUCAGGUGGAGUAAGCGAGAAUGGGGAAGCAAAUGAAGAAGAUGACGAGGCACAUGCAGACAAAGGUGCACAAAGAGAUGAAGAUGAGGGCGAACAGGAGAAUGCAGGUGAGAAGGAAGUCAUCAGUGGUGGAAUGGAUGAUGUGACUUUCACGUGUUGCCUGUGCGGCAAAGGCUUCAGUUCACGGCGCAGUGUACACCGCCAUUGCCGGGAAGUGCACAAGCAGCGGCUAGAAGAGCUGCGUAAGUUUACUGAGACGCGCACAGUGCCCAGCAGCCUGCUGUCUGUGGUGAAGGAGCGGCAAGUGCACUCGCCAGUGCCCAGUGGAAAGUGCUGCCCAGUCUGUUCCAAAACCUUUGCCACCAGCGCCAACGUCCGGCGCCACUUUGAGGAGGUCCACCGUGGCCUUCGGUGUGACCUGGUCACACAUGAUAUCUCCACCAAGUCAAGUGAUGUGGAGGUCACGCCUGCUGUGCCAUGUGCCCCACACUCUCCUGACUCUAAGAGAGUUUCUCCCCUGCCUCAGUACAACCUGGCCACCUGCAAGUGCUUGCUGUGCAAGAGGAGCUACAGCACACAGGCACGGCUCAAGAGGCACAUGCAUUUUGUUCACAAGAUCCUUGUUUGCAAAAAUACUGUCUCCAGCUCUUCAGCUGGCAAAAAGCUUCAAUCCGAGGAGGGCACAGACGCUAAGCAUACACACGAGUGCCUCAAGAGGCCCCGGGAGGAGGACAAAAGCGAGAAAUCUCCAGUGAUGCGCAAACCCAAGCUCUCUGUGGGCUUCGACUUUAAACAGCUCUUCUGCAAACUAUGCAAGCGGCAGUUCAGCUCGCGGCAGAAUCUCGCCAAGCACAUCGAGCUACACACAGACAGCGGGGGUGACAUUUUCGUCAAGUUCUACCGCUGCCCUCAAUGCCGUUACGAGUCCCGCCGCAAGCGCGAUGUGCUGCGACAUGUCUCUGUCGUGCACAAGAAAAACUCCGCCUACCUGGCCAAGAUCCUGCCGGGUUUAGAGAGCCGUGCUGUGAAGAAGCCAGUUGAAACGGUAUUUGGCAGUUCAGUAAAGCGUGGCCACCCAAAAGAUCCAGAUGGCCAUCACAAGGGAGACGCCACAUCGUCACACAGCCCACAGAAGGUCAGCCCUUCAUCUUCUGUGCCUCCUGUAAUCCAUAAACAGGAUGUUCCACCUCCAUCGCCACCAGUCACACGCAGGCAAAGCCUUUCUCUACACACUCUAUCUGUCAUGUGCAACCAGAACUCGAAUGGAACGCCCAAUGGAGCAGAGGUACAGGAGAACACUGAAGUGCGCGUCACCAAGAACUUCUCACUACACGCAUGUGACAUGUGUGGCCGUGCCUUUGCCAAGAAGGUCUACCUGGAGUCGCAUAAGAGGAGCCACCGCAAUGCAGCCAAGACUGAUGGCAGAACAGUUGGCGUGAGCACACGCUCCAAGUCCCUUCUUUGAUCCCUUUUGGGAGAAACACUGGAUUUCUGGCAGCAAGGCAGGAAUAAAGAGCUGCUUAUGUCAAAAAUAAAGAAGACUGGACCACAGAAUAAUGCUGCACCUGUAAAUAUCUGACUCUACUGGUUCAUAGCUUUGGUAUUUUGAUGGACUUGUGUAGGUAAUAAAGAAGUUUGCUUGUAUCCUUCAGCUACACAGCCGUCUAGCCUGUCUAGACCUCACAGUGGAUGUUAUAAUUGAACUGAAUUAUUGGUGUUAACCACUGUUCCAAAGGGAAAAAAACAAUCUAUUCUCUUACUAGACCUGCCUGAAGAUAUUGCUAAACUGCAGUGUCUCAAUCUCAGCCAAGAAGUGAGGAAAAUAUUGUUUCAGGAUCCAGUUUUAGUGGAUCAGCCCCAGACCAUGUGGGGAAGCUCCAGAGUUAAAGGCUGUAGCAGUGGUGCUGAUGAGGCAUGGGAAACUCAUUGGUAUUCAAUGCAAAUAUAUAUUUCCUUUUUUCAUUACUGAGGGGAAAAUGACCCAGAACCUGGACAGUUUUUGGCCUUUAGACAGACACUAUUUAAGUUAAAACCAAAUCAUAUAAAAGGUGUUUUUUUUUGGUUGUUUUUUUUAAAUCAAAGGUUCAGCAAGUUCCAUCUACAGACAUUCCUUAUGUUGUAAUACAAAGCUCAUAUGUACGGGAUCAAUCAUUAACUGAUAUCGGUCAUUUAAUUCACAGAAGUCUAACGUUUUGGUCUUGAGAAGUUUUAGUUGUACUCUUAAUUUUUCACGCAUUUCCCCACACUUGUAUGAGAUGUCUGUUGCCCACAGCAGCAUUAUUUCCUGCUGAAUUUGAAUGAAAGGCUCAUUAUGUUUCAACAGACCUCAUUUUUGGUUUAAGAUGUAAUAUUAAUGCUGACAAAGUUAAAGAGCUAUACUUUUCUAUUAGGGCUAAAGGAAUGUAUCUAAUUUCAAAAGUUUCUGCCAAUAAAAAAUGGGAAUAUCGA